AUGGCGCGAGUGCCUUUCAUCGGCAGGCUGUUUUGGAGGGAGUACCUGGCCCUAUUUGGAUCUCUGAUACUGGUUGCCCUUGAAGUUCUCGUCCGAAUUAUAACCCUCGGCCUGCCCCAGCCCGUUAUUCGAUUCUGCUACAAUACGUCGAAAAACGUCUUCAACCGACUGUCGUCGCAGAGAUCCAGACAAGCCCGGUCUGAGAGGAAACACACCUACACCUCGAUCGCGACCUGUUCCGACUUCACCGAGCUCUGCGGCCUCUUUGGAUACUAUGCUGAGGAACAUGUCGUCCAAACAGGAGACGGGUAUUUGUUGGGUGUGCACAGGCUGCCCUUUCGCAAAGGAGAAGAGCAUACCGGGAUACGCGUCAAUGCCGGGCCAGACUCGACCAAGAAACCCGUGGUGUAUCUCCACCAUGGUCUGCUGAUGAACAGUGAGGUCUGGGUGUGCUUGACCGAGGAGGAACGAUGCCUGCCCUUCACGCUGGUGAACCAAGGUUACGAUGUGUGGCUGGGCAACAACCGUGGAAACAAAUACAGCAAAAAGUCCACCAAGCACUCCCCGAUGUCCUCUCGUUUCUGGAAUUUCUCAAUGGACGAAUUUGCCUUCCACGACAUCCCCAACACCAUCGACUAUAUCCUGAGCACCACCGCUCAGCCGUCGCUUUCCUAUAUUGGUUUCAGUCAAGGCACUGCUCAAGCCUUCGCCACGUUGUCUAUCCACCCACAAUUGAACGACAAGGUCAAUGUGUUUAUCGCACUAGCCCCCGCCAUGUCUCCAGCUGGCCUGAGUAACGGCAUCGUCGAUGCUCUUGUCAAGACCAAUCCCAACGUCCUCUUCCUGGCAUUUGGGCGCAAAUCCAUCCUGUCCUCUGCGACCAUGUGGCAGUCCAUCCUCUACCCACCCAUCUUUGUCCGCCUGAUCGACAUGUCCCUCAGCUUUCUCUUUGCGUGGUAUGGUCGCAACAUCACCGUCCAACAGAAGCUUGCCGCCUACCCGCAUCUCUACAGCUUCACGUCUACAAAAUCCGUGGUCCACUGGUUCCAGAUCAUCCGCAACAAAUCAUUCCAGAUGUACGAUGACGACAGCACCAACAGAUUCAGCAUUGGCGCCAGCAACCGCUACUACAAAGUGGCCAAGUUUCCGACCAGGAAUAUCAAAACUCCCAUCGUGCUGGUCUACGGCGGAAGUGACUCGCUGGUGGACAUCCGCGUCAUGUUGAAAGAAUUACCUCGUCAUACCAUCGCCACGGAAAUCCCCCAUUUCGAACACCUCGACUUCCUUUGGGCCCAAGACGUCGAUACUUUGGUCUUUCCACAUGUCCUGGAAGCCCUCCGCUACUACACCCUGGGACGGACGUCGAAUGGUCAUCAGAAGGGCAUCCUCUCCAUUGCCGACACCGCAUAUCUCCAUCGCCGCCAAAACAGCAGUAGCAGCGGCGCCAACUGGUCAGAGGAUGACUCCGCCGGCGGAUACUCGGACUAUGAAGGCGCCUACGAGUCGCCCCGGACACCGAGAGUCAAGAGCUUUGCCCAACAGCAGAGAGAGAGGCAGUACCAGCCAUCGUCGCCUGUUCAGACCCAUAACCAUACACAUACGCAUUCGCCCCUGCAAAACCAAUACCAGUUUGCAUCGCCCACACCAAAUAGGCCGGCAGGGGGCAACUCAAUGGCGUGGAUGGAGGGAUAUUAUAAACUUCCCAAGAGGGAAGCACAGGCCGCGCUCGCCGCGAAUAGCACAAGGAACAACGAUGAGGACCCGGAAGUAGAUUAUGAACGGUUUCGGGAUCGUCCAUCGGAGACUUCAACGGUAGGCGCAUCAGAGCCAACAGAGGCGCAACAACGGGACGAGCAUGACCAGAGUCCUCUAGGAACACCUCACCACAACAUCUCUACGCCUCUAUCCCAAGACAUAGCAGCAAACUUCGGGCCCGCCCUGUCAAGUUCAAGAUUCCUCGCGCAGAAUGCCGCCAGCGCGCCACAACAAGACCUGCGCAAUCGCGCGACGUACACUUCCAGCACGCACCAGGACCCUGACAGCAACGCAGCUGAAACGGCGGCCAUGCCUGAGAAUGAGACCGGAAGUGGCAACGAAUCCAAAUCCUCUCCCUCAGACCGUCGACGUCGCUCCAUUUCAGGCAAUAGUGUCGCUGCGAGUGGACGCAGCACGCCAGUAAGCCGAGGCACACCACCCAGUUUUACGGCGCAGGGGAUAAGAGUAGGGAGUGCUAGACCCAGCGUGAGUGCUGCCACCAGCUUAGGGGGCGGCAUACCUUGA